ACUCUCAUCUGGUCGAAGCGACAAUGGAAUCCAUAACAUCGUACGACCAUGCGAUCGUCCACCAUUGACCACGUCGACCUCAAGCUUCCCAUCAGGGCCGUGACCUGCGAUAUGCCUUGUUAUCUGAACGUAGCGACAUCUACUGUCAUUCAGAGCCGUGUAAAGUGCGGUGAAACACGCAUGACCCUAAGAGCUGACGAGGUCUAUUGCCGGAUUAUCUUCUUAGCUUCGAAUACCAUGACCAUGUCAGGAAAAAGAAUAGGCCAUUUGGACCCCCCCAUCUGCAUUCGGUGGACGCCCAGAAGUUUCACCGCAUGGGAACCCGGUCAGCUUGCUUUGAUUUAGUCAACUGACAAGAAGUUCAUAUAGGCCAUAUGUACUCAUUAACCCGAGUUCCCGCUAUUUUGCCACCCCUUCCACGCAGGCUUCAAGAUUGUGGGAGUCCAGCGGAUCCAUUGCUGGACGGACGAUGAGCAGUGAUGCAUGUUUUUGGACGCUUCAGGCGUCCUAUGCUGCACCUUGUAUUUCUCUUCGGAUGCCACGAAUGGCGGCUUUCGGCCGUGCUAAUCACGGUUUCUUUAUUGUAUCUUCUCAUCAUUUGUGUCCGAAUUAUCGUGUCUUACCACUUACGAACGCCCAUACAGUUCUUAGCUCAACAUCGGUGUCAAGCAAAGCGUUCACCCAAGUCCCUUCUUCCUCCGCCAGUCAAACUUUCAUCACGACUGGACCACUUCCUGCGGCACCCACGUCCAGUUCUUCCUCAGUCUUUGUAGACACGUCCAUUACUCCCGCAAAUCAGACUGCAGUGAUCAGCGCUGCACCAGCUUCGACCUCUUCUUUGUCCCUGUCUCUGUCUCCGAGCAGUGUAACUAGUGCUGUCUCAUCGAACGCGGCUUCUACAGUGUCCUCUGCUACCUUUUCGCAGAGCCAAUCGACGCAGCUAGGUGUGCCCACUGACAGUGCACCUGCUGUGUCGAUUUCGGUUUCAUCGUCUGGGUCUAUUAUUUCGCUUUCAGCCAAUCCUUCUCCUGCGAAGUCCCUCUCAUCCAUUUCAUCUCGCUUGUCGUCGGCUUCUGCGUCCUUCGGACACGCUAUAGAAUCGGCUAGCCCUACGAGCAAGAUAUCUGGACAAACAGUCACACCCAGCACCUCUGAGAUGGCUGCCACUUCUGCACCUUUACUUUCAUCGUCAAGUCCUGUCGUUACCGAAAAAAAUCCGAGUACACCCGAAUCUCAGCCAGCGGCUCCAGAGUCAACUCCAUCCGCGAGUCCGUCUAAGGGAUCUUCGCCGUCGUCUGUCCCUUCACAACCAGCCUCAUCGCCAUCGCAGCCAGCACCGUCACCGUCCAAGCCAAGUGCUGAGCCCUCCACACCAGCAUCUUCUCCUAGCUCGCCGACGUCGGCUCCUGCAAAGCCAUCUUCACCACCUCCUUCGUCUCAGGCACCUUCUCGGCCGACUGAUGUCGUAACUCCCUCGGUCACGCCGAGUGGUCAACCUCAGCAGUCGCCAGGUUCUGUUGGACCUUCCCCAACUGUAGGACAAUCGCAGGCGACUGCGAAGAAUUCUGCGGUUAGUCCGGAUCAUUCACCCCCCUCUUCACAAAUAAACAGAAGCCCGGUGGCGCUCAGUGUAUCAGUCGCUUCAAUUGAGGUCGUUCAGUCUUCUGCCCAUCCUGCAAAAGCGGCCGGGACUUCUGUUCCUCUCACUAGGGGAAGUGCUGUGCCUUCACUGACGCCUGUUGUUCAGACACCUGUUCCUGUUCCUGCUCCUGCUGACGAGUCGGCUGUAUCGUCACAGGCCGCAGUUUCGCCUGACGUUCAUCCUUCUGAUGUGUCAUCUGUGUCAGUAAUUUCAGGAUUCUCAUCUUUUCGCGGACAGGCAAAUGCCCAGACAGCCACUACCACAAGUACGAUCACCGAUGUACCAGAGACCACCCUUACAUCACCCGUAUUUGUGACUACCACGGAUUCGAACGGACACAUCUCAUUGUCGGAACCGCCAGUGUUUGCUAGCAUAGCAGUGUCAACUCUACCUGACGGACAGUUGGUUAGCGUUACUCAUGUCAUCGCCAAUCCAACCGGGGUUUGGGGGAUCAACGACAAUUCCGCUGUCUCACAUGGUUUCUUCGCCAAUACCGGAGCUGUCGCUGGCGUCUUCCUAGUAGUAGGCAUUGUUGUUGCCUUACUCAUUGCUCUUGGCUGCUACGUUGUGCGCAAGAAACGUCGCCGCCAGAGAAUUCGUCACAGCAUAUCUCGACCUCUGCCAUAUCCAGAUAAUCCGUUCGAAGAUCCUCGCGAAACACCCUCACCCACACAAUUGCGUUUUGCACCUGAUAUCUCUCAUCGCAACCUGAUAGGCUCAGGUCUCGGUCUCAUAACUGCUCGACCGCGCAACCUCCUAGACGAUGAAGUUGACGACGAUACCAAUAACCACACGACGAUCUACAGCAGUCCUCAGCAUAAUAUGCCUCAGGCCGCGCAACAAGUUACGAGUAGGGAUUUAGCAGGUAUUGGUGCAGGAGUCAGCAAUUUAGGCAAGCCGGAUUAUAAUGGGCCUUUCAGUGACUAUCACAACCACCGACCAACUCACCAAUCUAAGCCAAGUGUACAAUCGGAGGUUGGCCUUGCGAUUACCACUGAGCAAACUCGUAUUGCAGAUGAUGCUCAAAUUUCCUUCCCCAUGCCUAUCUAUGUUCGACCACCAUCUGCACAAUCUAGCCCAUCUAUCUAUCCUGCUUCUUUACCCCCUGUCCCCACCGAAGAAGCAGAACAUGGACAUGAGGCACAACCUUCUGAUCCUACUACCCCGCCGCCUCCGCCGGAGCGACGUCGUCCUCUUUUGACUCUCCAGAAACCAGACCUGUCUGCAAACGCACCUAUUCUUCCGCCGCGUAAUCCGCUCCGCACGAGCCAACACGAAGCUUCCAAACUUCUCGCUCGCACGCAAGUCACGUCGUCAGGGACGCAGUUUUCUCAGCUUGGUUUUGGAGGUUAUGAACUUCCGUUGACUCCUCCUGCGUCUACCACGUCGUCGGAUGCACAUGGGGAUGGGCGGCCACGGACGAUAUCGAGUGAGAUAAAGAAUCCGUUUAGUGAUGUUAACGACGUCGAUGGGACUGUCAAGACUCAGGCACUACAAGGAUCGCCGGUGCGGGAUAACUUCUUCACAAGGCGAAAGGUGCUCGAGCAGUCGAAAGUCCGGCCGAGUAAUAGCAUAGAGUGGAAGCAUUAGGUUACACUUCUGUUUCUUGAGAGAGGCUAUGUACUGUAAUAUUCACAUUGUAACAAUAGUCAGUUACCCAUGUCUCCCUAUUCAUCGACACCCUCUACGCUCGAUAGCCGUCCAAGAGAUAGGCUACCCCACCUGUUGGUCUGUCAUCGGGUAGAAGUAAAGGCUCAUCGGUUCUUAGCCUUCCGCUCACAGCCCGUUUAAUGGUGCCUUCCCACUGUUGGAACCACUCUCCUUCUCUCAACCCUAUCAGCGUCAUGCCCGGUGCGUGCCUAGCAUCUGAAGCCACAGCUCCGUUUGUUCCCCAGGAUGGGCCAGUAUAAGGUGGGAGGGUAUCGGAGUUGUCAUCGGUACUGGCAGGCUGCCAACGUUUGAGAGCAUAUGCACCACCGCAGACCUCCCAUUUUCCGCCACCUAGGAAACGCUUGUACAGCCAGAUGAAGAUAUAUAUAAGUGUAAUCCAUAGUAGGAACUUGAGCCAUU